AUGUCGCCCGCCCGCAUCCUCCUCUCCAUCGCGGCCCUGGCGCUCCUCCUCCACUCCUCCCCAACCCUAGCAGUCGCCGACGCCGACGCCGCCGCCGAGCCCUGCGCGGCGCCCCUCUCCUCCUCCUCCGCCGCCGCCUCCGCGCCGGACGAGGUCGCGCUCUGCCCGGUCCGCUGCUUCCGCCCGGACCCGGUCUGCGGCGCCGACGGGACCACCUACUGGUGCGGCUGCCCCGAGGCGGCCUGCGCCGGCGCCACGGUGGCCCGCCGCGGCUACUGCGAGGUCGGCGCCGGGUCCGCGCCCGUCUCCGGCCAGGCGCUCCUGCUCGUCCACAUCGUCUGGCUCUUCGUGCUCGGCGCCGCCCUCCUCCUCGGCUUCCUCUGACGCCCUCACCUCUUCUGUUCCCCCAUCUGUAAAAUCAAGCAUGCAUUUCGCGAUUGCUCGCUGUUGAGUUCUGCCGAGAGAGCUGAGGCCGGUUUCGUUGCUGAGAUAUGAGGAUGGUUUCGUUCAAGAGAUUUGGUUGAGAGAUGUCGCACAAUUCUUUCGUAGAUGAGUUCGAUUGGCCCGUGAUUCGAAUUCUUUUUUCUGGAGCUGAUAUGUGCAGAUUGCUCGUGAAAUCUAGGUUGAGAUCGUGUAAGCAGCUUGUAAAUUCCGGCUAACAUUUUGCGGUGAUCGGGCUCUUUUUCCCUGUCUAUAAGCUUCAUCUUCGUUGGUUGCUCUU